UAUGGAAGAAUCAGGCUCUAUGUGCUUGCGUUAGCAGUUGAAAAUCAUCACUAUUAAUAAACAUGAACACUUGAAUGGAUUUUCUGAAAGUCUAAUUUAUUUAAUUUGACUGUAAUUAAAUGAAACCCUGGAAAGAAAUUGGCUGCAGCCAUUAAAGCGAUUGAAAACGUCAAAAGUAUAAAUCACACGUCACCCUGCCUUUUUUUUUUUUUUUUUUUUUUUUUUUUUAGGCCUGUGUCGUCAUAGGAACGGGUGUUGCGGAAGUGGCCAUCGCUGCCUGCAGGGGGGAUGACACCGGCUCGGUGUUCAGGCGCAGAGGGGGGGAAACAGGUGUGCGCUCGGGAUCUAGCCGCUGCAAGCGCUCACCUGGACAUGGAUUAUUGUGCAACAUGAUCGCCUGAUCCCUGUCGCGUACAUCCUGGGCCUGCUUGCUGCUUCCUGUGAUAACUCCACAGGUCAGAGGGAGCCGUAGCCGCGAUGGGAACCCUACAGUCCUCACCGGCUCCAUCAGAAUACGCUGAUCUGUCGGAGAAAACUGGCUUUUCAUUUGAGCAGAUUGGGGUCCUGCAUAAGAGGUUCAGACAUCUGAGCCAUGGUGAGAAUGUCUUAAGGAAGGAGGACUUCAAUGGAAUCCCUGAUCUGGCGUCCAAUCCCAUCCGUACACAGAUCGUAGAGGCUUUCUUCGACCAAAGAAACUUCUCCAAGGAUGGUGAUGGCAAGGUGGACGAGAUUGGCUUUGAAGAAUUUGUGGUGGUCAUGUCUCACUUCAGGCCACCGUCCCUGCACAUGACAGAGGAACAGCGCGAGAGUGUCAGGAAGGAGAAACUUAGAUUUUUAUUCAACAUGCACGACUCAGACAACGAUGGAAUCAUAACACUCGAGGAGUACAGACACGUGGUGGAGGAGUUGUUGUCUCGCAGUGGAGCUCUGGGAAAAGAAACAGCCAAAGGCAUUGCUGAUGCAGCCAUGUUGGAAGUGGCCAGUAUAUCAGUUGGCCACAUGGAACCUGAUGAAUUCUAUGAGGGAAUCACCUUUGACCAUUUUCUAAAGCUGCUGGCCACCUUUGAGAUCGAAUCAAAAAUGAGCGUUCGCUUUCUAAACAUGGACACGAUCACUUUGUGUAAGUGAGGUUGUUAGAUCGAAGUAUUCAACGGUACUUUGAAAACGUUGAGAACGGAAACUUUUAAGCCUUAACUGUUUGAUGUUAAUUUCUUGUUUUACUCUGUAGCAAAAUACUUGCACUGGCAGCAUAUGCCUUAUGCAUGUCGCAACCACUAUGCAAACUAAAAGACGAAUGAUUGUGAUUUAUUAGAGGGGAUACACUUUACUGUAAGCAAUAACGCGCUGCUACUGUGUGGCUGAAAAAAAGCAAUAAUAUUAAAAUAUGAAUGACUCUGCAUGCAAAUAUAUAGGUUUGAAUAGAUGAGCCAUUAUUUACAUAACUCUCCAAGGUGAGAGAUAUUAUAGUUUGUCUUGUCACCAGGUGUUUCCUGUCAUUUCUGUAUGAUCUGAGAAAACAUUUAUGGCAGCGAUACAUCAUGUGCAUGUCCUGGUCUUUGUUUGCACAAAAAGGGACCGUCAUACAGUUUAUUUGUAUUUAUUCAAAAAGAGAUAUUAAGAUUUUCGGUUCCAGUAAAAACUUUAUAAAUGCUCCUCAUGGGCACGAAUGUUGUUUCAGAUUUUUGACCUUGAAGAAUGAGCUUGAAUUGUUCUUUUUCAGACCAGAAUGAAUGUUAUAAUGUAACCAAACCACUGAAAAAGCUUGGUUAAAGCUCCGUUAGAGCAUCAUGCCUUUAUCACACAUCUUCUAGCUGACUGGAAAUGUAACCGCGGUUCUUGGGAGAAUGGGGUAGUUUCGUGGCGCAGCUCUAACUUUUAUGCAUAUACCUCUGAUUUUCAUGGGUCAAGCCCUUCAGAAGGCCUUUCCUGGAUAGUCCGUUCCAACCAUUUAAGUUAAAAUCUCUACAACGGAAAAUGUUUUCAUGUUUCCAUUCAACUGAGAUUAUUCUAACCAAGAACAAAGCCUCUUGCAGCUGGCAACAUGAACAAGCCAAACACCAGAGAAGAGUUUUUUGGUCAAAUACUCAUUCUGUCACGAUGCCAACAAGAAUGCCUGGAAGAGACAGGACGCUACUCUCCAACUAAUAGCUGACAAGCAUGGUGGUAGAAGCAUCGUACUGUGGUUUAGCUUCUGCACAUGCUGGCACUGCAAAGUAGAUUAAAUAAUGCAAAUACGGACUGCUUACUUCAAAUAGUCAGUCAGCUGUGCACAGGGCCAUGGGUUAACUUGCAAUAAGUCCUUUUCCCACAUGGUGGUUGAAAUGUCUGUAUACAGAGCCUGUAUGUGUAAUUUAGAAUAUUUCUGGAUUAUA